GUAAUAUGCGCCCAGAUUUCAUAGCUGAACGAUUGAACGCAUUACAGGAGUAUAUAAAUCAAGUACUAAUGAAUCCCAUAUUGGCAUCAUCGUUACCAACCAAAAAGUUCAUCGACCCGGACAGUUACUCGACGCCGUUCCAUGAUUUGGCCCUCCAGUAUGCUUCGAUGAGUUUGCGCACCGAUGGCGUGUACACGCUUGGACAGUCGCUAGGUCCGAUCGGUUGGCGACUGCGAAAGCACUACUUUAAGGUGGUGCACAAACCCCAGGGCAACAAACAUUCGCCUGGCCAUUCGACAACCAAGCAUCAUCUCAUCAAGUCAAGCUCGCAAUCGCAUGGCAAACAGCACACCACGCAGGUAUGCGUGACCACAUCGACGGAGAAGGAUUACAACAGCAGCACGAAGGAUCAGAGCGGGCGGGACGAUCUCAUCCUAUGCUGGACCGAGUUCGGGCCCGAUCGGUACAUCGACGAGAAGGAAAUUCAUACGGUGCUGAAGAACUAUGGUGGCGUGCAACACCCGUACAUUGUGCCGAUCGAGCACAUUGCGUCGAAUGACAACGGCGCGUUGGUAAUACGGAAGUUCUACAAGCAGGGCAGCCUGAAGGAUGUGCUCUGCUCGGCCAGUCCGUGCAAUCCGUUCCUAUCGAAGUAUGGCAGUCCGAAGGGCCGAACUCCGCUACCGUUGAAGGAUCUGGCGCUGUACGCACGGCAAAUACUAGAAGCGAUUCGGUUUCUUCACUCAAAGGGCAUGGCUUGUGGGCACGUGCACUGUGGCAACGUGAUCGUGGUGGAUGGCAUCGCGAAGCUGAUUGACGUUGAGAAUUUCAUCUUUGGCGUGCCAUCGUUCUAUCGGCCGUUUUUCGUCCAACACAGCAAAAUCAACACGUGUGAGGCGAUCGAUGUGUACGGGUUCGGUCACUUGCUGUACGAGAUGUGCAUGGGUUAUCCGCUGCAGGAUUCGUAUGCCCGUCAGAUCAGCGAUUGUCCCGACAGCUUGAGAUCUCUGCUGGAGUCGAUCCUGUCGAAGGAUGCUUGCAAAUCCUCCCUACCCACGCUUGAUCAGCUGACAACGCAUCCGUUCUUCGCAGAGUACGCCGGCCAUUUUAACGAUCUGUAUGCGACGACUAUCGGUGUGCAGAAGCCGCACCUAAAGUUCUCUACCGGUGCCAAGGAGCAGCUGAAGCUGGCACUGCAAAAGACUGAGAAUCGAGUGCGGGAAGAGCAACGCUCGGUGAAAAAUCAAAAGCGAUUGGUUCGAGUCCAAGAAAUGAUGACGUCCGAGGAGGAGAAGAAGAAAAUUAAACAGAAGGCUAAACACGAGCAAAAGCAGGCGAAGCUACGCGCACAAAAUUCCCUUCAACUGAACAAUGGACCUCCAUCGACGGGACCGUCCGGCAUGGCGGCCACGGUGCAUCUAUCCAGCUCGACUGGGGUCAUCGUGAAGUCCGACAGUGCGAACAGUAUUACCUCUCCGCAGGAAGCGCUGAUGUCUCCGCCACCGCAUGCCACGGACAGCGGCGGAAGUACGUCUCCGCAGCCACCUCCUUCGGCGCCGCCAAUACCUGGGCCCCCUUCGUCUUUGCCGCUGUUUCCGCCGGCCUCCGACGCGGCAGUGUUGGGGACCAGCACGUCAGGUAAGCUUGCCAAGUCAAUUUCCGGUGACGAGUCGACCGGAGCCAGUGGCAACCGCAACGCGCUGCUCGAGUCCAUUUGCAAUUUUAACAAAAGCGGUCUCAAAAAAAUCAACUUGUCCGAGGCCGGAAAGUAG